AUGCCUACCGGCGGCCGCAAGUCCUCCUUCGGGCGCUCCCAGCCCCAACGCCAUGUCCCCUAUUCGAUGGACGCCGCGACGAAAGGACGUCAUGGAACGAAUAUCCCGCGGCAGAGUGCGCAAUCGGACGGGUUCGAAGACUUUGAGGCUAUCAAUGAUAUUGAUCCGACGCCGCCGAGACCUGCGAGAGAGAGGAGAAGGAGUAGUAUGGGCGGGGCGAAGCCGAGGAAGAGCCGGGCGAGGGAAGAAGAGGAGGAGGAUGUGUUUGGAGAGGAGAGCAUGGAGCUCGACGACGACGAACCCGUGAGCAGGAUGCGCAAUGCACGGCAACACCCGGACUCUGCACGCAGCUCGCGCCCCAUCUCCCGGCGCGCGAGCGGUGUCGAUUACGAUGCUCUCCCCAGCCCACCUCAACGCUCUCAACGACGCUCUUCGGCCUACAGCAGCGUCUUGCCCAGCGAAUAUGAUCCCGAACCCGACCAAGACAUGGACGAUGUCCCCUUCUUCGAUGACGACGAUUUGCCGCCAAUCUCGGACGGCAAUGCCACCACGCCCACACCUCGCGCCAGGAGACGAGAAAGCUUUUCGGAAAUGGGCGAGGAGGAUCAGGAAGAGGAGGAUCAGCCGCCCACUCCCGUGCCUGUGUCUAAGAAGGGCAAGGGGAAGCGCGUUGUGGAGGAGAUAGACGAUGAGGUGCAGGACGGGCCGAGUAUACGGGUCACUGGCGCGCAGCGCGGGAAGGGCAAGGGCAAGGAGCCUAUCCGCACUGUCGAGGAAGAGGUGUACGACAACGACAUGGAGGACGCUAUUGCUCGCGGGAUGGACGAGGUGGAGAACAUGAACCUCGACGACGACGAGCAGAUGCAGGACGAAGACGAGCCUGCACCCGUCUCCGCCAGCCCGCCGAAGAAGAAACGUGGUCGUCCACCCAAGAAAGUCGCCGUCACGCCUGUCCUUGACGAGGAAACGCCGGAACAUGAACAAGGCCCACGACGCGGUACUCGCCAACGAUAUGCUCCGCUCGAAUGGUGGCGGAACGAGAAGGUCGUGUACGGCAAACGCGAGAACGGCAUCGCGUACUGCCCAAUCGUCAAAGCCAUCGUCCGUGUCCCCAAGGAACCUCCAAAGCCUCUCGGCAAGCACGCCCGCAAACGCGUCAACCACUCUCAACGGCGUACGCCCGCGCUAGGAGUCGCGAAUCCAGAGGAAGGCUGGGACGAUCAAACCGAACCACAAGGUCGUGUCUUGGACUGGACGACGAAGGAGGAGGUCGAGCGCAGGAUCGCGUUUCCGAGCAGUCAUGUGCAGUAUAAGGCCGCCAACGACGAGAUGUUCUUUUUCCAGAAGAUUUUUGGCGAUGCGGAGUAUAUGGCUGCGGGGCAGUUGCUCAUCCCGGUUGGGGGACACAAGCCGACUAAGACUACGAAGGACAAUACCUAUGUCUUCUAUGUAAUCGAAGGUGCAGUGACGUUCAAGGUCCACGAAACGUCCUAUAUCCUCUGUACGGGUGGCUCCAUUCUCGUUCCUCGCGGGAACACAUACUACAUCGAGAACAUCUCCGAUCGCGACGCCAAGAUCUUCUUUGCGCAGGCCAGGCGGCCUCUGCCGGACGUCAAGCCUGCCAGUGCGAGACGAGCUUCGACGAGCACGCCGGCAGCAGACGAUGGGAGGGCGAGCGAGAGCGCUACACCGGUUGCGGCUCCGAAGGGGAAGGGGAAGAAGGCUGGGGGUGGGAAGAAGCGGUAG